UGCCUCCCUCUGUAAACAUGUUAGAGGUGUAGCCUCUAGCUGGGAAGUCUGUUGAAUAUUAAUCUUCUCUUGCCUCUGGGUCUCUGGCUUUGUCAGAGAUUCAUACAUAGGUACAGCUGUUUCUGUUGGAAGGUGGUCUGUGUACAAAAAAGUGUGCAAGCAGGGUAAAUUCUGGAAGCAGAGAUUGUGACUUGGAUCUCUGUUGGUCUGGUCAUCAGUUCUCUUUAUGACUAAGAGCUGAACUGUGAUUUGGGACUGACUUGAGUCCACUUGUCGGUCUAAUCUGUACAUAAAUGUCUUCACUCCUGGCCAGUUCUGAAGUGCUGCCACUGCCAUGCAUAGAAUAACAUCCAUUGGGGCACCUAUUCUAGGGGAACUGCAUGAUAGCAAUCAACAGGUAUGGGUUCUUCAAGGUCAGAACCUCAUCUCAGUGCCAAGGAGGCAUGGUGUGACCCCAGCUAUUAUUGCCUUAGCUCCAUGCAAACAUCCAGAGACUCUUGAGAUAAACAGAGGGAAUCCCAUCUACCUGGGGCUGAAGAAGCCAGAACUCUGCCUCUUCUGCACACUGAUCAGUGGGCAGCCCACACUGCAGUAUAAGGAGCAGAAUGUACUGAAUCUAUAUAACCAAUCAGAGCCGGUGAAACCCUUUCUCUUCUACCACAACCAGAAUGGCAGGAUGUCCACCUUUGAGUCUGUGGCCUUUCCAGGCUGGUUCAUCGCAGGAUGCUCUGAAGGAGGUUGUCCUCUCAUAAUUACACAAGAACUGGGGAAAGCCCACAUCACUGAUUUUGGGAUCACUGUAUUGAAUUAGGGUCAGUCUGGAGACAGACUCUAGGCAG